CUAAUGGUGGCCUGUUACCAGGGAUUCAUGGACAUUGUCUUCCUAUUGGCUGGAUGCCCUCACCUUGAUGUCAAUUGGCAGGAUAAAGAAGGCAACACAGCUCUCAUGAUUGCGUCACAAGCAGGACACAUCACAAUUACAAAUUACUUGCUGAACUAUUUUUCCGGAAUUGACAUCGAGAGGAGGAACGUCCAUGGGUUCACUGCACUGAUGAAAGCAGGAAUGCAAGGAAAAACAGAUUGUGUCAGAGCCCUGAUGUUAGCGGGUGCAGAUAUGAAUGCCACAGAUCCAGGAAGAGGUUUUACCCCACAACAGUGGGCACAGUUUACAGGACGCUUUGAAACCUUCUGUCUCAUGCGUAAGCUCCUGGCCAGGCCUUGUCCAGUCCAAUUCAGUGACAGGUACAAGCCCGAGUGGCCAAAAUUGAAAGAGCUCGUAGCCAAAGCCAAUGAGCCCAAGAACUGCUUGGAAAAACUCUGUGAGACAAUUAGAUCAACCCUGACCAUCAACUUUCCCCGCGAUCCAGAAGAGGAUGGGCCCCUUGACCACAUGGUCCGCAUGACCACCGCCAUCUCCAGCCCUUUUGUUGCAACCGGAUGUAGGACAAUCUGCCCGAGCAGCCCCCCUUGUGUGGGCAAGAGGAGGUUCACUGUGCAAGAGAUCCUGAGAAAGCAGAAAUCUCCGACCAUGAAGGCUUCAGCCAAGGAGUACACCAAACAACAGAAAUUAUUUCAGAACUCUCAUCUUGUCAUGGUCCCGAAGAAGAAGGAACGGAGAGCCAGCCUUCCUCCAAUGACCUCUCCCUCCAAGCAUGGGACAGCUGCUUCCUCCAGGAGGGGGAGCCUGAUGCCCUUGAGUAUGAUGAAGUGGAGCAGUGUGCAGCCUGGGAUAGUGGUACCCAAGGUGCGUAUAUUUAAAGCACCAACGCCGACCUAUGAGCCUGAGAGAAUACGCAGAAAGAGCAGUGCGAAGAGGAGCAGCAACUUCCUGGAAUUACCCCAGUGGAGGUACAAGGAGUUGAAGGAGGAAAGAAAGAAGGCAGAGGAGGAGGAGAAGAGAAAAGCCGAAGAAGCGGAGCGUGAGAGAGCGGCGAAGCUGGCAGCAAAAAGAAAGUCCUAA